UCCAGGUGUGGAGGGCUUGGAGAGAGAAAAGCUGCAGCUGGUCGCAAAUGGCGGACAAAGCUCCCGCUUCGUCUUCCUUCGCCGUUUCGGAACGCCCGACCGAAGAAGGCGAGGACGAGCUGCUGUAUGGCGCCGGGUCCGGGUGGGUCGAAGCUCGAACGUGGUGCGAUCACUUGGCCUCCCUGUGCUCCGAUCUCGUUCACAUUCCGACCCCCGACACGCCCUGCAACAGGUGUCACCACCCAAGCGAGAACUGGUUAUGCCUGUGUUGCAAGGAAGUGCUCUGCAGCCGAUUCGUGAACAAGCAUAUGCUCCAGCACUAUCAGCAAACAAGUGACUGCCUCGCGCUCAGCUUCAGUGAUCUAUCGGUGUGGUGCUUCUCCUGCGAUUCAUAUAUAGACGCGCAAGUGCUUCCGCAGUUGCGGCCCGUUUAUGAAACUGCAUAUAUCUUGAAAUUUGGAGAGCCCCCACCAGUUCGGAAUGUUGAACUCCAGACUGUUGCAGCUUCCUCAACAGGCAACUGAUUUUGACCAAGUAAUGCGUUUCAGCUUUGCUCAUUAAGGAGAUGGAGGUUGCGGGCUUUAGACAAAUGUGAGAAUCCAAGAUAGGUGAUUUGCCAUCAUGUUAAGGAAAUAUUUUGACCAAAUAUUUCUCCGAUGAUUUUUGGCGUUUUACCAUUCUAGAGAUUGCGAACGCAGUUUCUUGUACCUUGGAUCACAAUUUACUUGUUCUAGUGAAGAAUCCAUAGUUCCUUUGUAGAGUCGCUGACUUGAAAUUGGACAAGUAUUAUCAUC